GUGUUCAAAAAGCAGUAAAAAUUCGUCACUUGAAUCAGACGACUGUUGUCUCAGUUCCGGAGCCCAGCUUCGGGAAAGUUAUCAGAUAUCCAUAGAUCCAAGUCAGCCGACGCCGACCUUGGCGUAAUGGCUCUAGAACAGGAGAACGGGCCGCUCGCGACUCUCUCCAGAAACUUCCGCGAGCAAAUCGUGAUGGCUGAGGCAGACGACGACGAUCAAUAUCAGGAUGCUGCCGAAGAUCCGUCAAAGUUCAAUAUGGGUUUGCAUGUUGCGUUGGAAGACUGCGAGUUGGCCAUCAAGAAGUUCUUUAACAAUGAUCUCGAGGGCGCUAUGGACAUCAUGAAAGUGUGGAGCGACACUUCGCUGUACCACAGCUUGGGGGUGUCCAUAUUCGAGUUCAUCCCAGCCGUUCUAACUCUGGACUCCGCGCAAGUGGCUCGUGCUCUGGCUGCACUCAAGCAGACGCUGGCUCUCUGCCACCAACAUCGUCGCUCCUACACUUUAGUGGAGACGCUCGGCACCAUAAUCAAAAAGACGAACUACGCCACCAUGACCGAUAUGGAGGCCCACGCGGAAUUGUGCUAUGCCGAGUCGGGUUUGCUCCAAGCGGCCCUUUGCAUAUUAGACGGGGAUGAUAUAGCUGGGUUUUUGCGUGGCACUAUCAAGGUCAAGGGCUGCUACAGCACCUACAAGGAGUGCGCCCGUAUUUUGGAAAAAAAGAAGUGGGAGACUGCGGAGUCGCGUCAACACUUCCAAAGCGGCGUACGUCUCGGUCUGGCCACGUUCAGUCUAAUGAUAGCCAUGUUGCCGCCUCGCCUCGUGACUUUGCUAGAGUUUGUGGGAUUCUCUGGAGACAAGAACGCUGGUCUGGCUGAACUGCAGGCUGGUGCUCGCGAGCCUGGUCUUCGCGGAGUACUUUGCGAACUGACCUUACUCGGGUACCAUCUAGUAGUGAGCCACUUCGCCGGCGCCAUACCGGACUUCGAUCAUUGCCAGCGUAUUCUCGAGACUCAACUGAAGGUAUACCCAGAAGGUGUCUGGUUCCUGCUGUUUGAAGGACGCUUGCAGCUACUUCGCGGGCGCUGCGCCCUUGCAGCGACCACCUAUAAGCGUGCGGCUGACAUCCCCCAUCUGUGGAAGCAGCUUCGACAUCUUUGCUACUGGGAGCUCAUGUGGGCCAACGCCAUGAUGAUGGACUGGCGCGAGGCGGCCGGAUUCGCGGGGCGUCUCAUCGAAGAGAGUUCUUGGUCUCGUACCGUGUACUCUUACGCCAGAGCGGCUUUGCUCCUACAACUGGGGGAUAAAGCCACAAAAAUUGAGCGCCGCCAGGCCGCAGAGUUGCUCAAAGCCGCUCCCCUGUAUCGUCAAAGAAUCGCCGGGAAAUCCCUUCCCAUGGAGAAGUGGGUAGUUCGUCGCUGUGCCCGUUUCGAAGCCCAAGGCGGUCGGCUGCUCUUACCAGCUGUCGAGUUGCUCUGCCUUUGGAAUAUGCUAUCCGCCCUAUCAAGCGAUUCGCGCACCGUACAUUGCCUGCUCAAGCAAAUCGAAGCGACCACCGACCGACUUGACCGGGAACAUAAUCAGUGGCCUAGGAGCUUGGAUGGAGACAAUAGAGCUUUGCUGGCCUACCUUCGGGGUUGUUGUCUGGCUGUCCUUGGAGUGCCGAGACUGGCUUUGUUCCAUUUGGAUCAUGUUGCCAGAAUAAAGGAAAAGAUAAAGGAGGAUACUUUCCUGAUUCCUUACGCGUUGGUGGAGGCGGCCAUGUGUCAUCACGCGCUUGGAGAAGUCGAUACAGCUCAACGAAUGCUGCAAGAUGCCAGGAAACGCUACUGCAACUACUCUCUGGAGUCCCGUCUGCUGUUUCGUAUCCACUCGAAGCUGCAGAUCGUUCGAGAUGCUGCCGCUUCUGGUGGGGGCUCUGGGAACCCGCCCCGAUCCAUUCCUUUGCGUCCGGCUGGGAGGGCGGAGCACGCCGCUUGAAUGCUACGACCAACCCUGCGCUAAAUUUCUCUUUAGACGCAUUUAGGCGUGUAUAUCGGGCGUGGCUGGUCUGCAUAUAAGUCAUGAGGCUUUUUUGUAUCAUUUAUUAGUUUUCAACCCCUCCCCCUCACAACUUAAUCAGCUACUGUUUAAGUUAUUUUGCGGGUAGAUUUGAAUAGUUAGUCUGUGUAAGCAAACAACAUUUUUCAUUUUUGGUUUAAUCGUCUUUUAUUGUAAGGGUUGUUUUAAAUUUCGUUCUCGUAAAGGAGAAGGAGACGUCUCCCAUACAUUCUUAGGCACAGGUGUUAACAAAAUGAAAGUCGGACUAUUUGAAAACUUAUAUAUAAACAAUUCAUAGCUUAAUGUCAUUCAAAGUAAAUAAUAUUAUAAUUUUAAUGACACCUUGAAAGCUUUUUAAUUUAAAUUUUUUUGCAUCAGAAUAAGUACAAAAUCGUUUGCAUCAAUACAAUCGAUUUUCUAACUUAUUUCUUAUUUUAUUGUUUUUUCGAAAUCUAGAUUGUAAUAAGAUUUUUAACUUUAGGUCCAAAAAUCCUAUUCUCCUUUGUUUUUCUUUUUAUGUUUUUAGAGUGAAAACUUCUUUAGAAUCGUUGUGAUUUGGGACACUAAAAACAGAUAAACAAACUAUCGGUAAAUCCAAUUGUGCAUGCCCUAAGCGCAUAAAAAAUUACUUAUACCAUGACGUAAAGGGGAAUGCCCACCGUUCAUAGACACUUCGGCCAUGGGUGCCCACAUAUAAAAGCAUAUGAAAAUGAUAAUAUGCGAUUAAAAGAAAUAGUUAAGGAAUUGGUUUAAAAAAAGGACGGAUGUUUAAGAUAUAAGGUUUUUUAUUAUCACAAGAACAGUUUUUUUUUAACAACAAAUGACUUUGUAUUUUCGUGAUAUUUAAACCACAAUUAACACAGCGUAAAUGUCCUCUUGAAUGAGUUACUGAGAGCUUGGAAGAACUCUGGCCGGUGUGAAAACUGGGGUCAUCGUUAACAGUGGAUAUCGAGUCCAAGUUCGUGCAGAGGUUAUCGUAAGAAGUGGGAGCGGGAUCCAUUUUCAGGCCGUGGUCAGUAGGGUGAGAAGAAUUAUCGGAGUCCAUUAAGAAAGCUUAUUCGUUGCUAAGAUAACAAAUCCACGAGAAAACAAACAAACUAACACAAAUGCAAAGGAUUUCGACUUGUGACUAUUUAGUUUUGAUAAUUAUGACAUGGGCCUAGCUGUCAGAUUUGAUGUCGCCAAUUAACAGACAUAAAAUCGAUAAAUAGAUAGCGAUUUUUUUAUUCGAUUUAUAAUUUCAUAAAAAAGAAUAAUCUCUGAUUCGCUUUAAAUUCUGCACGCGUUUUAAAAUAUGUUUUAUUUAUUUAUUUAAAUUCCAUUUUAAAUGUAUUUUUAAGAACAGAUAAGAAUAACAGUUAAAUUGUGCAGUAGCGUUUUUGUUAUGUUCUAAAGAGUUCAUGGCAAAUCAACUAGCAAUUCGUUUGUUUAAUUAUCAUCACAUCAUAAUAAUUAUCGAAAAAUAAUAUUACCAUUAUAAUAAUAACACCAUAAAAAAUCGAUUGCAAAAACAGAAUCGACUUUUUUAACGAGAUUUGUGAUUGGCAACACUUUUUAUUUUACCCACAAACUAAUGAUUUGCAGAUUUAACGUAACGUUUUCGUUACUUUUUUUUUGUGUAAAAAUAUUGUAAUCUUUUUUUGAUACAACAGUCAACAGUGGUAGAGCCACGCGGCAGCUUUUGCUGUCGCACGGAAGGGCCAGCUCGAACCGGGGUGGUACCACGACCUCACAGAAAACCAGCGUGAAGUAGAGGUUUACCUCUGCGUUUCACUUGGUGAGUGCAGGUGGCCGGAGGCCCUUUUUAUUGGAAAUGAGGCAUUCCAUCUUAGUCCUCACGGGUGACAACGCAUCUACAUUUUGAUUUGUAACAGAGGAUAGAUGUAGAUGUCUAUGGGCCGCAGCAACCACUUACCAUCAGGUGGACUGUGUGCUCGUUUGUCACCCUUAUCCAAUAAAAAAAAUACAUAAAUACCGCGAUUAAUUACCAUAAAAAAAGAUGUAUUUUUUUUUAACAAAUGCAAAUUGUUGGGCGUUUCAUGGCCAGAAUUGGGCAUUCCCCUUUUUAAAAUAGUUUAAGUACACACAAGUUUUCAAUAAUAAACUUAUUAUUAUACUUCAAAUUUUCCAACGAUUUUAUGUCAAACUUUAAUUUCAAAAAAUGGAAUAUCCAAAAGUUUACGACUCAGAAUGCUCAUACGAUCAUCAUAUCAUCAUUGAGGUCACUCCAUAAAGUCCGACACGUAUUUAAAUAUAUUUAUAUGUACUUACUUUUAGUACAUACGUAGUACUAUUAUUUAUUAUGUGUUUUUAAAAUAUUGUAAUAAAAAUCUGUGAUUAAAAUAAUCAAUUAUGUAUCAACAUCAAUGGCGAGUACAUCACUCACCUUCGAUUUGCCGACGAUAUAGUCCUUAUGGCAGAAUCGCUGGAGGACCUAAGCACUAUGCUCAAUGACCUCAAUAGUGUUUCCCAACGGAUAGGUCUUAAGAUGAACAUGGACAAAACAAAGAUCAUGUUUAAUGUCCAUGUCACACCUAUGCCGGUAGUUGUUGGGAGCACUAAGCUCGAAGUUGUUGACGAGUAUGUUUACCUGGGACAAAUAGUCCGACUAGGUAAGUCCAACUUCGACAGAGAGGUCAAUAGACGGAUUCAACUCGGCUGGGCAGCGUUCGGGAAGCUACGACACAUCUUCUCGUCAGACAUACCUCAAAACCUUAAAACGAAAUUGUACAACCAGUGCGUGUUGCCAGUGAUGACUUACGGAACUGAGACGUGGUCCUUCACUGCUGGCCGUAUGAGGAAGCUCAAGGUCGCUCAGCGAGCUAUGGAGAGGGCUAUGCUCGGAGUUUCUCUGCGUGAUAAACUUAGGAAUGAGGAUAUCCGCAGUAGAACUAGAGUGACCGACAUAGCCCAACGGAUUAGUAAGCUGAAGUGGCAGUGGGCCGGCCAUAUAGCUCGAAGAACCGACAACCGAUGGGGAAGAAAGGUUCUCGAGUGGCAGCCUCGUACCGGUAGGCGAAGUGUAGGGCGUCCCCCCACGAGAUGGAGUGACGACCUGGUAAGACAUGCAGGAAGUCGAUGGAUGCAGGUGGCUCAGGACCGUGCUUUGUGGCAUUCUUUGGGGGAGGCCUAUGUUCAGCAGUGGACUUGUGAAGGGCUGUAAUGAUGAUGAUGAUGAUGUAUCAAAUUUGGUCUAUCGGGUAUUUUGUAUUUGUACAGCGAUCUUUUUGAGCACGAACCGUUGCAAACAACCGAUACAGUAUCCACUCAUGACGGCGGCUGAGGCCGAAGUGAGCGAGUGAGGCAGUCUAUUUAGUAAAAUAAAUUAUUACAAAGCUGCUCAAAACACCGAAAAUUUCGAGAUUUCUCAGCCGAAAAAAAUUAAUUAUAACUAAACAAAACAAAAUUUAACUGUCAUUUACAUUCCAUGGCUUCCCAAAUGAUAGAUGAAGAGAUU